GUUGUCUCUCUUUCUCUCCAGCAGCUGCUGUGUGGGUGGCCGGGCUGGCCAUGCGCUUGGACGGACGCGGAAGCUGACCGAGCCCCGUAACCCCGCCUUGAGUAGUGCUUGGCUGUCCUCCUCCUGAGUGCUCCCUGGGAAAGCGAUAAUGAUCACAUUCAUGAACAACUCGGACAGCGAGGAGGAGCCCUGCAAUGAGAGAACAUCCCUGAUGUCCGCAGAGAGCCCUCCAGUACCUUCCUACCAGGAUGGCCUGCAAGCCUCAGAAGCAGGGGAAGUGCAGGUACAUAGGAAGAGGCGAACGGGUAGCAGCCGUAGCCCUAACAAUAUUGCUGAUGGGGAUGUGUCUGACUCGCGUGUUCCAGUGAGAGAAAGCGCCUUGGAAAAUGAAGAGGAGGAACUGACUCUGAAAUAUGGAGCAAAGCAUGUAAUCAUGCUCUUUGUGCCUGUCACCCUUUGUAUGAUUGUUGUCGUCGCCACCAUAAAGUCAGUGCGCUUCUAUACGGAGAAAAACGGGCAGCUGAUCUACACCCCUUUCAGUGAGGAUACCCCAUCUGUGGGCCAGCGUCUCUUGAACUCGGUGUUGAACACCAUCAUAAUGAUCAGUGUCAUCGUUGUAAUGACCGUGUUCCUCGUUCUGCUCUAUAAAUAUCGCUGCUACAAGUUCAUCCAUGGCUGGCUCAUCCUGUCCUCUCUGAUGCUGCUCUUCCUCUUUACCUACAUUUAUCUCGGUGAAGUAUUGAAGACAUACAAUGUGGCCAUGGAUUACCCUACUCUGUUCUUAGUCAUCUGGAAUUUUGGAGCUGUUGGAAUGAUUUGCAUACACUGGAAAGGUCCCUUGCAGCUCCAGCAAGCAUAUCUCAUUAUGAUCAGUGCUCUGAUGGCACUGGUUUUCAUUAAGUAUCUACCUGAGUGGUCAGCAUGGGUGAUUCUAGGAGCAAUCUCCAUCUACGAUCUGAUGGCUGUUCUCUGUCCCAAGGGGCCACUGAGAAUGUUGGUAGAAACUGCCCAGGAGAGAAAUGAGCCCAUUUUUCCUGCAUUAAUAUAUUCCUCUGCUAUGAUAUGGACAGUUGGAAUGGCAAAGCCAGACACAGCAGCAAGAGGACCAAGUCAGCAGACGUGGGAUGCAGCUGAGGAGGGGAGAGAGAACCACAGGAGCCCUUCACACGCAGACUCUCAGAUGUCGGAGACGAGGAGUCCUCUUCCAACCCGCCCCGUGACUUCUUUCGAGGAGCUCGAGGAGGAGGAAAGGGGUGUGAAGCUGGGCCUUGGAGACUUCAUAUUUUACAGUGUGCUUGUUGGGAAAGCAGCUGCCACAGCUAGUGGAGACUGGAAUACUACGCUAGCCUGCUUUGUAGCUAUUCUCAUAGGUUUAUGCUUAACUCUUUUAUUACUGGCUGUUUUUAAGAAAGCACUGCCUGCUCUUCCCAUCUCCAUCACCUUUGGCUUGGUCUUCUACUUCUCGACAGACAACCUUGUGCGACCUUUCAUGGACACCCUGGCCUUCCACCAGCUAUAUAUUUAGAAGUAGUGGGAGUUAGAGGGUUCUUUUUAAAGCUUUGCUGUGAAGUACAGUACACUGUUUGGAGUAAGUCAUAAAGUUUUACACUUAGUGCCAUAUAUUUGUAAGGAAAACACUAACUCUGUGACACGAUGUGUACUAAAAAUCUAGUAGUUACAUGUUGAACUGAGAUUUUUCACAGGACUCUUGGACUCCAGUGAAAAGCCUGUCUCAUUGCUGAUGUCAGAGCAUUACUUUUAUGUUAUUUGAUGUGCACGCUGGCUGUUGUGAGCACAGAAACCUGUAUGUAGCAUGGGACACUGGAGAGGUAAAGGGUCUGAUCUGUGCUUCCAGAAGCUAAGGUGUUUUAGCCCUGGAAUUGCAGCCAACUUUAACUGGACUCUACAAUUGCUAACGCUUCACACUUUUGAAGUGUUGUGCAAAUACGAGGUGCAAGUAAGUAGUACUUGUAAUUAGAAAAGUGUAGCAGUCAGCACGCACAGAACAGAGCAGUGCGUUACACCUGGUCGUGAGCAUUAGAGAGGUGAGGCUGAACUUCAUAAGCUGGCCUCUGUGCACACAACUUCUGUUGAAAUUGCCCCAAAUGCCUAUUUAUUCUGACCUGUGCGAGAUACAGUGAGCCAUGAUGGAUCUAGACAGGAUGUCAGUGGUGGGACGUUUAAACACCAAGCUUCUGGUUCUGAGCGCAUCCACUACUGCAGCUAACAGCUGAAGGCAGGGCUACCCAUUCCAGCACAUCAGAUCCUCGGCGUGGGAAGACAGAUACUUUUUCCUGUCUCCUCCCAGCAUUUUAUCUUUCUGGAAAUCUUUUUCUGGAUCCAUACUGCAAUCCUCAAAUUACCGUAAGGUGGAAAUUACUGCACAACUCCAGUAAAUCAGUUGACCUGUAACUUCUUGUGUGUAUUUCUGGUCUCAUUUCUGUGCAUUGUUGUAACCACUCCAAGGGAGGCUUUACCUUCCUUUUAUGAAGAGGUCCUCUUACACUGACUGAGACUUGGUUUACCUAGUUUUUGGUACUGUUUAAAGAUUAUUUUUUUUAUUACAAAUUUUAAAAUAGCUAUUUACUGUCAAAAGGACUCUUUUGGAAAUACCCUGUCAUAGUUUGUAUCAAAAUAUGGGUGUGCAAACUUUAAUCUGCUGUUACAUUACUCUACAUAAAGCAUCAUUAAUGCUA